AAACGAUUGGUGGAUCGAUGACCCGCAGCGGCUUCGGCGGCGCAGUACCUAGCGAAACACAUAACACGCCGUCCAUGGAGACAUCGGUACAGUGGGCCGAUCUCCCUGGCGAUCUCCUUCAAGUGGUCUACCUCAACGUCGGCAGCUUCCUCCACCGCGUACGCUUCGCCGUCGUGUGUAGGUCGUGGCGACCGGUCGCUAUCGCGGCUAGGCACGCCGCACCGCCCACUCUGCCCUGGCUCAUCUUCCCCUCCUUACAUGGUGAUGAUUGCAAAACAAUGCGUGCAUACUGCCCCGAGGACGGCAGGGUCCUGCGCAUUCCGAUGAAAAGCGAGGUGCUCGUUGGCAAGCGGCUAGUGGGAGCAUACGACGGCGGCUGGGUCGCCGCUCUCGGGAAGGACAAGCAGCUUGACGAUGUGAACGUGUUCUCCGGUGUUGAGUUGCUCAUCCACGCAAAGAACAUGAGGAAUGUCUACUCGGGCUCAAAGGUUGUCUUCUCGAAAUCCCCCGUGUCAAGUGACUGCAUCCUCGCCACCAUCCCCCUGCGAAGUAGCAUCGCCGUCUGCAAGAUUGGUUGUCUGGCCGACAGAUGGACAACAAGCAGGUGUAUUGGGCAGAUCCUUAAGGACAUCGUAUUCUACAAUGGAAGAUUGUAUGGCCUCACCGCCUCAAUGGGCCUGAUCAAAUUCAAUAUAGGCGUGAACAAAUACGGCAGGCCUCUGGUCGCUGUUGACGUCGAGUUGCGUAUCCAGAUUGAUAAUGAACCUUUCAUAUGGUCAACUACCAUUGUUGAGCUGCGAGCCAAGCUAGCGAUGGUGCUAGGGAAAUUGCCAUUGUACAACAAGAGCCGCGAGCCUUUCUUCAAGGUUUUUGUGCUGGCGGAUGAAUCGAUGACAAAGUAUGCUUGUAAGUGGGAGGAGGUAAUGAGCUUGGGAGACUGUGCCUUAUUUUUGGGGAAAAUGUCCAGGGCGGUUGAUGUGCCAGCAGUUGGACUUGGCAGCGUGGAGAGAAACCACAUCUACGCUGAUGAUAUGACAUACUUGACACGUUUGGAUGGUCAUGGUAAUCGUGUAUAUCCUAUGCUAGACGAAAGUAGUGACAAUGUCGCGCAGAGGGUCAAAUUAGCAGGAUCUUAUGUAGCAGCUCGCGAUCAAACUGGCAUGUGGGUACUCCCUCUUGGCAUAUGGGUACUCCCUCCUUAUUUCUAGCCAACCAAGAGUAUUCUUGCGUGGGAGUUUUAAGUUUUAACUUUAUUUCUAGUGUACUUGGUAUUAUGGUCACACUUACAAGAUUGUAAAAGUUGCAGAGUAUGCAUGGUCGCAUUUUACUAUGAGAUGUAGAUGCAUUGUUAAAAUAGUCGCUAGAAAAAACUUUAGUGGUAAAGUACUAGAAUUACUAGUUAUUCUCCUGACUAGUUUCACCUGAUUCACAUGAAUCGUUUCCAUUUUCUUUUUCUCAUAUAUC